AUGCAUUCAUACGAUGUCAUAGUAGUUGGACUCGGCUGCGCAGGCGUCACCGCAGCGACUACUCUUGUGAAAGCUGGGAAGAAAGUUCUGGCCCUCGAAGCCAUGGAUAGGGUCGGUGGUAGGAUUCGGACUGUGCCGUUUGGUGAUGGUGUUGUGGAAGUUGGUGCAGAAUGGAUUCAUGGUACUGUUAAUAGCCGAAUAUACUCCACGGCCAUUGAGAACAACAUUACAGUUGUGCCACAGGAUAUAACCUUCAACGUGUUUAAAUCAGAUGGAACGCCAGCUGACAGUGAACUGUUGAAUGAUUUAGUGGAAUUCGCUUUUGAGAAGGUGGGGAAACCGCCAAAGGAGUUUACUGGAGGACUGGGAGAGUUUAUCACUAGCAGAUUAAUGGAAUACGUCAAAGUGAAAUACCCGAAUUUGAUGAAUGAUCAAGAUUUCUUGACGGAAUUCCUGGAACUUAUGAAUCUGUAUAUAAACAAUCACGAGUCUUCGAAUGACUGGAAUGACGUCAGUGCACAGAGUCGGUACACGGAGUUGGAAGGCCACCAACACAUGAGCUGGCACAGGCAUGGAUAUAAGACCUUCUUUGAACUGAUGCUAAAUACAUACAACAACGGACCGGGCUUACCAAACCUUGAUAUAAAACUGAACGCGGAGGUGACGCAAAUAAUUUGGCCAGAAGAUGGCGCUGAUGUAAGAGUCGUCUGCGCAGAUGGCAGUACGCACACAUCCCGUCAAGUUAUUGUUACGGUCUCGUUGGGAGUUUUGAAGGAACGAUAUAAAACCUUAUUCAAUCCGGGAUUGCCGCGUGAAAAAAUAGAAGCCAUAGAGAACACGUCUAUAGGUGUUAUGGACAAAAUAAUAUUCCAAUUUGACAGACCCUGGUGGCCUAAACAAGGCACAUUCUUUGGAUUCUUCUGGAAAGCUGAGGAUAAGAAGCAAGUGCCGAAAGAAGAUUAUUGGAUCACGAGGAUUUUCGCUGCUAGCAACCCUAUGGGAUCCAGGAACGCGUUGACAAUGUGGACGAGUGGGGAUGUCGGAAAAAUGCUGGAAACACUACCAGAAGACAUCGUAAAACGAAAAUGUAUGGACCUGUUAAGAAAAUUCAUGGGAAAAACUUGUGAAAUACCUGAACCUAUUGGAAUGAUCAGGUCUACCUGGUUCUCAAACCCGUUCACCCGCGGUAGCUAUUCCUUUGACAAUCGUCUGACGAUACAAAACCCGAAUGCUCGAACAUUACUCGCUGAACCACUACGGGAUACGCUCGGAGUUCCUCGCGUUUUGUUCGCGGGAGAGGCCACAGACCUCAUUCAUUUUUCAGCAGCGCAUGGAGCUGUCGACUCGGGGUAUAGAGAGGCUAUGAGGCUUAUCAGCAAUAGUAAAUUGUAA